AGGGGCUGGGGCUGCCCCUGCGCCCUCGGGCCCGGGUGGGUCUUGGCCCCUGGAGCAAACAGCUGCUCGCGCCCCAGGGUAGGGGGUCCCGCCUGAUCCCGAUGUCCGACCUGAAGAGCCAGCGAGCACCCCAGGAGGGUCUGAGAGUCUGUGUGACCAAUUGUCCCACACUGAUCGUCAUGGUGGGCUUGCCAGCUAGAGGGAAGACCUAUAUCUCCAAGAAGCUGACACGCUACUUAAACUGGAUUGGUGUCCCAACCAGAGAAUUUAACGUUGGCCAGUAUCGUCGAGACCUGGUGAAAACAUAUAGAUCUUUUGAGUUCUUUCUUCCGGACAAUGAAGAAGGCUUGAAAAUCCGAAAACAGUGUGCAGAGGCAGCGCUCCGAGAUGUCAGGAGGUUCCUCAGUGAAGAGGGUGGACAUGUAGCGGUUUUUGAUGCCACAAACACAACACGAGAACGCAGAGAGACCAUCUUUAAAUUUGGAGAGGAGAAUGGCUACAAGACCUUCUUUGUUGAAUCAAUCUGUGUGGAUCCUGAUGUCAUUGCUGCCAACAUAGUGCAAGUGAAGCUGGGCAGUCCCGACUACAUUGACUGUGGGAAUGAUGAAGCCACAGAAGAUUUCAUGAACAGGAUUGAAUGCUACAAGAACUCCUAUGAGACGCUGGAUGAAAAUCUGGACAAGGAUCUCUCUUACAUUAAGAUCAUGGAUGUGGGACGGAGUUACCUGGUAAAUCGAGUGAUGGACCAUAUUCAGAGUCGGAUUGUUUACUACCUCAUGAAUAUUCAUGUGACCCCUCGAUCCAUCUACCUCUGUCGCCAUGGAGAAAGUGAACUGAAUCUUAAAGGAAGGAUAGGUGGGGACACGGGACUGUCCCCAAGGGGGAAGGAGUUUGCUAAGAGCUUGGCCCGGUUCAUUAAUGAUCAGAAUAUCAAAGAUCUGAAGGUUUGGACUAGCCAGAUGAAGAGGACAAUUCAAACUGCAGAGGUCCUGGGAGUCCCCUAUGAGCAGUGGAAGGUUCUGAAUGAAAUUGAUGCAGGUGUCUGUGAAGAAAUGACUUAUGAAGAAAUUCAAGAGCAUCAUCCUCUGGAAUUUGCGCUUCGGGAUCAAGACAAGUAUAGAUACCGAUACCCAAAGGGAGAGUCCUAUGAAGACCUUGUACAGAGACUGGAGCCAGUCAUUAUGGAGCUGGAGAGGCAGGAGAAUGUCCUUGUUAUCUGUCACCAAGCUGUAAUGCGCUGCCUGCUUGCCUAUUUUCUCGACAAGACUGCAGAACAGCUGCCUUAUCUCAAGUGCCCGCUGCACACAGUUUUAAAGCUAACCCCAGUGGCCUACGGUUGUAAAUUGGAAUCCAUAUUCCUGAAUGUUGAAGCUGUGAACACGCACAGAGACAGACCUGAGAAUGUAGACAUUUCAAGACCUCCAGAGGAAGCCCUUGUCACCGUCCCUGCUCACCAGUGAACCUGUGUCCUCAUCAGUCAUCAAACCUGUGGUGCAGUUUUCAUUAUUCUUCAUAAACUCAAUCAUUCUAGUCACCUUUAAAUCAACUCAGUCAGUUGUUUUCAAGAGACUUUUCCCCCGAGGGGCUCGGCUCCAAAGGAGCUUCCCCAGAGUUAGGCAGGCCCCUGUUCUGCGUUAAUCAUUAGAGUUAAUCUACUGACUCAUCUUCUCCAGAGUUUUCUAAUCAUCUAAUCUUCCCACUCCCAUGUUUGGACUCUAAUGUGCAGUAGCAGACAGACCUGUCCAAAGUAUUAAACUCUGCCACUGUGAAACCUCGCGUCCUCUGUAGGACUGACUUGAAUGUUAGCAAAUUCCCUGGGUUGACUGCCCUAGGGGAGAGCCAGUGCCAUUUCCUUAGACUGCCUUGUCUGCUGAGCUGUUGAACUGGUACAGUUUGCUGAUUGGCAAAAUUCCCAAGCACAUCCCCCUAAUAUCUCCUGGGGAGGGGCUGGGACCAGCGGGCAUGUACACCUUGUUGCCAGCAAAGAGCCUUCCCCUGGUGGUGUUUGCCUUAAGCAGCAUCUUUCCGUUGAGCACCCUCACUUUGGAGGGAUCCAGAUCUCCUUUCCCUUUUAAACACUUGAAAUUACCAGCAGCUUCCUAACGCAGGAGCUGUCAGUAGCCAGACUCAUCUUCCACCUCCAGUUGCAUGGCUAAACACUGUACUCCAUUCUGUGACCAGAUUCACCCACUACUGAUUUGUAUACACACUGAAAUCCCAAACAGUGAAGUGACAGCUGUCAUCGUUCCCUCCUCGACUAUACGCAUACCAAAUUUCAUAUAGCAAAGUACCAGCCAUAAUGAGCCUUUGCCAGGUGUUCACACACUGAAAUUCCCCAAGGGGUAUGUGGUUCUAGUCACCUCUUGCUGAUUUUGUAUCCACUCUGAAAUUUGUAAAGGGGCUGAUGGCCCCCUGUGGAUCGUACACACACUGGAGUUCUCAUAGGGAGGCAGCAGCUAUCAUCACCCUGAGUCAGCCGUGCACACAGAAAUUCUUGUGAUUUUAUAUACAGUGCUGAGAUUACCAUGGAAGGCUGACAGCCGUAGUUCCCACUUCCUGAGUGUAAUCACAAGCUGUAAUUCACACAGGAAGGUAGAUGGUGACUAUAGUCCCUUGCUAACUCUACUCAAACUAAAAUGCCUAGGAGGAGAAAGAGAUGUGGAUGUGACUAGCGUCAGAAAAAUUUCUCUGGCCCCCUUAAAGUCUUUGGCUGAAGUAUGUUGACAUCUUCCCUGUGGAUCAGGUUUGUGGCUUGAGUCCUUUCUGAGAGAUGGGGAUACCAGGGCUGGGACCAGAAGGUCCCAAGCACUUUAUGGAAGGGUCAUGGCUGUCUUUUAUGUGUCUAUAGAAGCUUAACAAAAAUAAUCCCUCACUAUUGGCCAAUGCUUUCCCAUACAUUCUCUUCUUAGAGCAUCACAGUACCUUGUGAGGUUAGCAAGGAAGGCAUUAUUCCUGUUUGACAGGUGAGGAAACUGAGGCCUUAGAUGAAAAUGACUUAUGUAAAGUCAUACCAGGAGUUCAUGGGGGACCCUGAACUUGAACCCAGGUCUCUUGACUCCUAACACAGAAUACUUGAAAAUUUUUAUAUGGAUAUUUCUGCUUUACUGAAGCUUUGUAGAGAAAUGAAUCCAGACACUCCCUUGGCAUUGGGAAUAAAUUAGUCAAAUAAUUAAAGCCAGGUUCAUUGCCUCCUGCUCAGCAUUUGGUGUUUCCAUGGCUAAGAGAUUUUUGAGGUUUGAUUUUUGGCUCUUCAGCUAUCCUGAGAAACUACACACAUAGGUUAUUAAUAGGAAAGGAAACUCUACAAGUGGUUGUCAAGGGAGAGGGAACAGUAACCCUACAACUGUAUGUCCGGGCCUGAUUGGCCUUUGGUAGUUGAUCCUUUGACUCCUCUGGUCUCAUGUAGGACCCACAGGAUGACUCAGAGGAGAGUGUCUUCCAGAAAUCACUAUCCUUCCAGACACCUGCUGACCUGUGACAUUUAAGAUUCUUAGGAACCAGCCAGUACCUCUGCCCUGGGCCAGAACCUUUUCCCUUAGAAAACCUUCCUGGUAUCCUGGACCCUAUAGACUCAUUGGUGACUACUGGCCCCCAGCAACCUGUGGUACAUGGCUCCAUCACUGGCCACUGGUAUGGGUCACACAUGGGCCUGUCAGUGACUACUGUUGUCCUGGGUCAUAGAGCUAUCCUGAAUAGGUAUGAGUUCCCUGCAGCAAGACCAAAUUGCUGCUUCUUUGUGGCUAUUGUGGCCUUGGUCUAUGCAUGCCUUCCUUGUUUUCCUGUAGCCGUAUGUGCCUGUUCUCAGGGGCAUUAGCAUGCAAUUGGCCUUGGUUUUAGACUGGAAAGAGCUGGAGUCUGAGGCCAGAGAGGGGUCAAGAGGGAGCUCCGGGAAACCUGGGUUGAGUUCCCACCUGCCAGGAGGGGAAAGUGCUUUUCUGCCUGAGCAAGGACCCCUUCCAGGACAGCCUGUCUCACAAGGCCAUGUUUCAACUGAAAACCACUGAGAAAAAAAAAUCCCCACUUUCUGUUCACUCUGCAUUUUAGCCUGUAGUACCUGAACUACACACACCUUCACAGGAGGCCUUUCCUGUUUUGUUUUGUUUUGUUUUGUUUUUCUCAAACCUAAUUGUAUUGUGUCUUGUUCCCAUGGUGCAUGCACUGUUUCAGACUUUUAAUUGCAAUAAAUGCUCUUUGGAAUUCA